AUGAGCGACCGGCAAGCUAAUUUCACGGCACUGCCGCCCGAGGUGAUCCAGGAUAUUGUUGUCUGGGCAUGCGGGGGGACAGUGGUCGGACCACCGACUGAGCUGGCUGCGAUGCUGGCUGUGUCGCGUCGGACGAAUAGUGCACUCAAGGUCGAGCAGAACCCGGGGCUCCAUGCACGCAUCUUUGACGUCAAAUUCGACUCUCGUGCACCGACUCGACGAUUCCAAGAGGCCGGACAGCCGCUGACUGCUUUGUCAUUCGCACACGAGCUGCGGCGACGGUGGAUCGGACUGAAGCGGAUCCGUGGAGUGUCGGGUGCGGGCAAGCUGAGUGUGUGCUCCGAGGAACAUGAACGGGAGGAUCAGUGGAUGAUCUACCUCAUGUUCCUCGAAUCAGACGGACGCAACUACCAGCAGCUCCACUGGGCCCGCGUCACCGGCUACGUACGCACCCUCAUCCGCGACAAGCUCAUGCCCUCCCCCAGGCCGGGCUACAUGCACGAAUCCACCUCUCGGGCGAUUGGUCUCUGGCUCAUGUGGUUUUUGACCGAAGUCUAUACAGUCGUGGCCGAGACCCAGCCCGAGACUGCGCAGAUGCAUACCAUACUCCGUCCCUGGGCACUGGCAUCGCACAAGUACGACACACUGUGUGCGCCAUAUACACACUGGAAUCUGCCCAGCCCAGACGAGCCCGACCUUGGGGAAGAUCCUGUUCUAGGCACGCACCACCAUUUUCUUGCCGAUCUCGAUCUGCGUAACCGUACGGAGAUCGUGAUGCACAUGGGCCGUCGUAUCUAUCUUGCCCCUCCCCGUGCCUCGGUCGCUGCCAUCAUGGCCUUCAUGGUCCGUCUCGAGCGCAAUGGCCCCAUCCCCGCACGCGACCACCCGUCUCCUCCCAUCCCCCCUCCGCCCCCCGGCCGCUUCCCCUCGACCAUCAGACCCGAUCACGCAGGCCUCACCAUCUAUCCACGCACCCGAUAUCCUGCCUUCUACGGCCCCGGAAGUCCCGAGUUCGACGGCCGUGUGAAUCGCAAGGGCAGUGCAGCCUACGAUUCCGAGUGGCGUCGCAUCGUCCAGUGUGGAAACCCAUUUGCGUCUCCCGCGUUCAGGUCACUGCCUACUUUUAGGCCCGGGGACCUCGCCGGUCAUUGGGAGGGCCGUUUUGUGGUGAGUAGCAUGGUCGGGAUUACCGUGGCCCGCUUUACCCACUCACCUCACGGUCUACGGACUCCGGUCAACCAGUUCCUUACCUUUGAUGCCUUCCGAGACAUGCUCGCCGGUGUCCUAGGCGCAGUCACAAACGGCCCCAUCGCUCAGCAACCCCACGUCUGGCGCAUUCACGAACACCACCUUGUCCAGAAACGUCGUCGCAUCCCCCUCGGUCGCGAUUCAGACUUGAUCACAGGCGAGCCCCUUCCCGUCGGCGCUGCACUCGAUGCAUACAUCCCUCGAGACGCCGACCGUUCAGAUCCCCGUCCUUCAAUUCAGCCUUCAGAAUUCGAGACUCGCCGUCUUGAGGUCCAGAUUCCAGACGAAACCCUCCCAUCAGGCUUCAAAUCUUACUACUAUACAACCCUCGACGGCCCCACUGACCUCCCGCCCACACACAUUCCGACCGCCGAGGUCCUGUCCCCUACUCCGCCCUUGAUCGAUAUGGACUUGUCCUCCGACUGGGGACAGCCCGCACCCCCAACAUUGGGAGACGGAGAUGACGAAUUCGAGGAGCAAAUCCUCGACACGCUCAUUACAGGCGAAGGCCACUCCUCUUGGGGUUCCUUCAAAUUGCGAGGAAGAAUCAGGGCUUGGGACGGGAUGAUAAUCCUCAUUAAAGAUUAUGAUGGUCCCAAUACCCAAGGCCGCGGUCGCUGGUUGUACAAGGGUUAUGUCGUGUCAGGUGGGAAUUGGGUCGGACGAUGGCGAGAUACGUUUACAUCGGAGCUGUUGAGCGGCUACGAGGGUGUGUUCAGUGUCACGAGGCGGUACUAG